UUUGAACUGUUGUAUUCUGUCACUGGAAAAGCUUGUCUUUACUUUUCAUUUUCAGAAAUCUAUAGGCAAAAGCUUCAGCAGCUUGUCGCUGAUGGAGAACUUAGUGAUGAGGACAUGAAGGCAUUGGAACGCCUGCAGGUCAUGCUUUGCGUUCCCAAGCAAACAGUUGAGGCGGCUCAUGCAGAUAUCUGUGGCAGUUUAUUUGAAAAGGUGGUUAAGGAAGCAAUUGCUGCUGGUGUAGAUGGUUAUGAUGCUGAAAUCAAAAAAUCUGUGAGAAAGGCAGCAUAUGGUUUACGGUUAACCAGGGAGGUUGCCAUGUCUAUUGCUAGUAAGGCAGUCAGAAAGAUUUUCAUCAGUUACAUUCAAAAGGCCCGAGGAUCUGGGAGCCGCACUGAACAAGCCAAAGAACUGAAAAAGAUGAUAGCCUUUAAUAGUUUGGUUGUGACUCAACUAGUUGCGGACAUCAAGGGUGAAUCGUCUGAUACACCACCAGAAGAGCCUCAAAAGGAGCAGGUUCAACAAACCGACGAGGAGGAUGGGGAGUGGGAGUCCUUGCAAUCACUAAGGAAAGUAAAACCCAGCAAGGACAAUUUGAGAAAGGAAAUCCAGACUGAGAUUUCUCUCAAGGAUGAUCUUCCGGAAAGAGACAGAACUGAUCUUUACAAGACAUACUUGCUCUUUUGUCUAACUGGGGAAGUUACUAGAAUUCCUUUUGGGGCCCAAAUCACCACAAAGAAGGAUGAUUCAGAAUAUGUUUUGUUAAGUCAACUUGGUAGCAUCCUUGGGUUGACUGAUAAGGAAAUUGUUGAAGUGCACCGAAGUCUAGCUGAGCAGGCUUUUAGGCAACAAGCUGAGGUGAUCUUAGCUGAUGGACAGCUAACCAAGGUCAGAAUGGAACAGCUUACUGAAUUGCAGAAGAAUGUUGGCUUGCCACCUCAGUAUGCCCAGAAUAUAAUAAAGAGCAUCACAACAACAAAACUGGCGGCAGCCCUUGAAACUGCUGUUGGUCAGGGAAGGCUGAGCAUUAAGGAGAUUAGAGAAUUGAAAGAAUCUUCAGUAGAUAUCAACACCAUGAUAUCUGACAGUUUACGUCAGAAUCUUUUCAAAAAGACAGUGGAUGAUAUCUUCUCAUCUGGUACUGGAGAGUUUGACGAAGUAGAGGUAUAUGAGAAUAUCCCAAAAGAUCUUAAUAUUAACGCUGAGAAGGCCAAAAAAGUUGUUCAUGAACUAGCUCGUAGCAGAUUAUUAAACUCGCUUAUUCAGGCUGUAUCCCUUCUGAGGCAGAAAAACCAUAAAGCAUUGGUUUCGUCUCUCAAUGAUUUGUUAGCUUGUGACAAGGCCGUUCCUUCGACCCCAUUAUCUUGGGAGGUGCCAGAAGAACUGGCUGAUCUUUUCAUCGUAUAUGCGAAGAGUGAUCCCACACCAGAUAAGUUGUCCAGGUUACAGUAUCUGUUAGGUAUUAGUGAUACAACAGCAGAAACUUUGAGAUCUAUGAAGGAUAGGGAACUACCAAAUGGGGUAGGGGAGGAAGAGUUUGUAUUUUGAUUCUCUUAUAGCUUCUGAUGAAUGUCUGAAUAUCAGGCUAGAGAGAGAGAGAGAGAGAGAGAGAGAGAUGGGCACUGGUAAUUUUUUCAUUUAAUGUAAUUGAGGUGUGUAUCUUUGUGCUUUAAGAUGUGAGCCAAAAAUGGUAGUAUCGUUUUUUUGGUAUUUAGUAACUGGUAGAGCAGUGUUAUGCUUUUUGAGUUUCUUUGUUGCUUAGUUACAAGUUGGACUCUCUUCUCCUUUCAGAAGGGGAAGGAAUUAAAAUGUACCAAUGAAAAGAUUUAAUGCAAGGCUUUUGUGUCUCAA